UGGCAAGGUUUCCCCAGUCGCUGGCAUAUGGUUCUAGCAUAAAGAACAAAAUGCCAAAAUGAGCUUAUAUAAAUAUCAUUAAGAUAAAAAAAUAUUAAUUAUAAUCUUGAACAUUAAAUUAAAUAGAUAAAUUAAACGUUAGUUGCUAGUUACUGAUGUUUGAAUAAUUUCACCGUUUGGUUUAAAUAAUUUUAUGACUGACGUGAAGGUGAAAAUAGGAAUUUCAAUGAUUUAUAUAUUUUAUUGUAGUGUAAAAAAAUCCCUGAAAGGUUUUAACAAAAAUAUACUGAAGUGGAAAUUGACGUGGUGCUACUAAGUCUACUAAUGUAGGCUUCUUCUAUGCAAACCUGUGAAGAAAAGCUUUGAGUGGUGUGCCUCGGUUGAUAGGCCUGCCGAAGGGACAGGGAACCGCGCGCGAGGACGGCCGCCGGCCCUUCGCCUCGAGGAAACAUGGAGUGCUGCAUGUCGGAGGAAGCGAAAGAACAAAAGAGAAUCAACCAGGAAAUAGAGCGGCAACUCCGGAAGGACAAACGCGAUGCCAGGAGAGAACUCAAGCUUCUUCUGCUGGGCACUGGCGAGUCCGGCAAAUCAACGUUCAUCAAGCAGAUGAGAAUCAUCCACGGCUCCGGCUACAGCGACGAGGACAAACGCGGUUUCAUCAAACUCGUGUACCAGAACAUCUUCAUGGCGAUGCAGAGUAUGAUACGCGCCAUGGACUUACUCAAAAUACAAUAUGGAAAUCCGUCCAAUUCGGAAAAGGCGGAGUUGAUAUCAGCAAUCGACUACGAAAGUGUGACAACAUUCGAGAGCCCGUACGUGGAGGCGAUCAAGGCGCUGUGGUCCGACUCCGGGAUACAGGAGUGCUACGACCGCAGGCGAGAGUACCAGCUCACUGACUCAGCUAAAUACUAUUUGCAGGAGAUAGACCGCGUGGCGGCACCAAAUUACUUACCAACUGAACAGGACAUUCUACGUGUGAGAGUGCCCACUACGGGUAUCAUUGAGUACCCGUUUGACUUGGAAGAGAUAAGAUUUAGGAUGGUGGACGUAGGGGGCCAGAGAUCCGAAAGAAGGAAGUGGAUUCACUGUUUUGAAAAUGUCACAUCCAUCAUAUUCUUAGUAGCCCUUAGUGAAUAUGAUCAAAUUUUAUUCGAGUCUGAAAAUGAGAAUCGAAUGGAAGAAUCGAAGGCGUUAUUUAAGACAAUCAUCACGUAUCCAUGGUUCCAACACUCAUCGGUCAUUCUGUUUCUGAACAAAAAGGAUUUACUGGAAGAGAAGAUCAUGUACUCGCAUCUUGUAGACUACUUCCCGGAGUACGAUGGUCCACAACGCGAUGCCGGCACCGCGCGCGAGUUCAUACUGCGAAUGUUCGUCGACCUCAACCCUGAUGCCGAGAAAAUUAUUUACUCGCAUUUCACUUGUGCGACUGAUACCGAGAACAUCCGGUUCGUGUUCGCCGCAGUCAAAGACACGAUCCUGCAGUCCAACCUCAAGGAGUACAACCUCGUCUAAGCGGGAGCCGAUCUUGACACAAAUCUGUGAUGUGAUCUAUCCCGUUUUUGCACAUCAACACUUCACGGCCGACUGUGUAAAAUUAACUGAUGAGGACGAACUCACCAUCUAAACUGAUUUAUAUGAAAUUAAGUAAAAUAGAUUGUAAGUCAUUUAAUCAAUAUUAGCACCGACAGCAUCUCUCGAUCCGCACGGGUCGCCUCAUUACGCCUCAGGGAAUUUUUGAAAAAUUUUUUAUGAUGAAGUUUUAUUCACAACUUAUGUAUGUGUCUGUAUCGGUGAACACUAAAUUGUGCAUUUUUAAAGUCGCGGCAAGUCGCGUUGUCGCGUGCCGCUUUUAGUCAUUGUUUUAGAUUUUUUUUUUUUGUAAAGUUUGUUGCCAUUAUAUCUUUCUACAUAAGUAUACAUUUUAUUGUGUCCAGACGGAUGGAUUUGAACAAACUAGUCCAAUGAAUAUAGCGAGUCGUUGUCACCCUCGCGGUCGGAGGCGGGACGUUCCCGCUCUAACUAUUAGGUAUUUAUUUAAUAAUGGAGUAAUGUACGGUGUACGGCGACCGCGGUCCUUCGUUACGCUUCAUCGGGAGAGAUAUAUUCAUUUAUAUAUAGAUUGAUUGUAUUUAAUAUUGACAUUGCGUUACUUUUGUACGUUGGUAUUUUGUUACUCGAUACAUGUUACGUGUUGGGGUUCAUUUACACGAGCGGCAACUACCGACGACCGCAGUCGUGGCGGCUGCCGCCGAGACGUCGUUGACUGCAGUCUCAGACCAAUUAUUGUAUAGGACCUGCCUCGCUAGACGUUACUUUUCUGUCAAAAUAUAUGAUCAACGAUCUAAUGCGAUUAUAAAAACUGUCUCUAUAGAAUCGAUGUUAAAUAGUUGUAAUCGUGAUCGUCGGUUAAAGAGCUCCGUAUAAAUACCUUUUUGUGUAUUGAGAUUGUGUAAAAAACGGGCAAAAACUUCUAGUUUAGUUUAAGAUAUAUACCAAAUCUAAGCUCGUUUUCCUCAGAAAAUUACAGACAAUUUUGUUCGUGUCUAUGAGUGCGAUACAGGUCCUUCUAUAAUUGGUCUGAGACUGCAGUCGUCAGUAGCAGUUGCCGAUCGUGUAAAUGAACGCUUGCACCGAAGUCGCUUCGUGCGCAGCGCUCUGGUGUGUUCGGUUUGCUUGUUACCUUGGUUCGUGCCGCGAUUCCAUUAAACUAGACGUACGUCUGUGAAGUUUCUACGUUAGUUGUGUAAGGAUAUUUUUGAAGCAUUUGUAUAACUUUUUUUACUAGAAUACCCAGAUUACAUUGAACCUAAAAAUGAAAAAUGUGAAUUGUAAAAUGCGGUGCCGAUUGUCUUUCGCACAAGUAUCCAGCAGGAAUGUAAUAUAUUGUACAUUUUGGUCUAAAUGUGCUGUGUGAGUUGAGCUGACAGUUCAAUGGCAAGUUUUGCUAUUGGCACACCAUCGUAACGCGAAGCACAAAAUAUAAUUAAUUAUAGCUUGGCAUGUUCGUUGGUGACACUAUCGUGAUAUGCGGGCGACGGGGGGAGAGCACUGCGCGGGCAUGAAGUCGUGCCAGCGGGGCAUCGCUACCAUCCCGGCCCGCGCGGACCAUCGAGAGUGUUACGAACGAAUUUGCCAAGCUGUAUACAGUUUUAUUAUUGUUGUCCAUAUUUUAUAGUAUUUUUAUUAUAUCGCUUAUGUGUGUGUUGCUUUGUGUUAUAUAUUUUUUUUUUUAGUUACUUUUAUUUAUACGUCGGAGACGAUGUUUCUGUUUUGAAGGUGUAACUUAUUGAAUUAACUUAUUCGUUGUUGUAAACUAUCGUUCUUCGAUGCCGUUUGAUCAUAUCCGGGCCAUCCGACGCCGUCAAUAGCAAAACUGUAUACUGUGAGAAGUAACAGCUGUCUGAAAUGCUCAAGUUAAUGUGAAAUUGGAACUAAUCGCACAAGAAAAAUACUGUAUACCUACUUUAUCGAUGUUAUCCAAGCAGCAUACUGUGUUCGCAUUGUACAUAUAACUCUCGUUUCGUUUGAUGCAAUUGUACAGCAAUAUAUAAUAUUUUGAAGUUGGCGCUUUUAUACAAAAGUGUGACCCGAAAACGACCCGCUCCCGCCGGUGACUGCGAGCUUAGGCCUACUUCAGACUACUUUAGUAUUUUAGUCGAGUAAGAGUUUUUGAAUUUACCGCCCAAAAAUCGUUCGUACUCGACUAAAAUACUAAAGUAGUCCGAACUAGGCCUUAUAUUGUUUUCUACUGAUCACUAAUAAUAUUUCUGAACUAGCGAACGCCCGCGACUUCGUCUGCCCUCUUUAAGCCAGCCCGUAGUAGUAUCGCUGUAAAAAUGGAGUAACUUCUCCCGUUUUCCCAACAUUUCCUUCACUGCUCUGCUCCUAUUGAUCGUAGCGUGAUGAAAAGUAUACUAUAACCUGUCCAGGAGUUUGAAAAAUAAUGGGCAUGAUGACUAGGUUUGAAUAUAUUGAUUUUUAUGAUACAUUCGGGUAGAUAAGUUCAAUGUUAAAUAAUUUAUACAUAAAAAGCAAAGAUGGUCUGGAUAUUUGCAAAAUAAAUGAGAUUAUAAAAUUUCAAAUCUAUUAUCGUAAUUAGAUGAAAAUUCAUACAGUUUUAGCUUCCUUAUAUUAAAUGUGACAUUUUUAAUAUCUGAACUAUAAACAUAAACGCACAAAUAACAAAAAUAUUAAUAAUUUCGUCUGAACGCCCAUACAAAUCUAACGAUCAUUACAUUACCUACGUCAUUAGUUCGUGCCAUUUUGUAUGGGGUGUUUUUCAGGGAUCCGCGGCAGCGCCGCAAAUCUGACCCUUUAAAUCCCUGUAGCUCCGAAAGUAAUGAUCGCAGACACCACAAAGUAACACUUUUACAAAAUUGCUUUACUAUUAGCAUACUCUUAAUUUAUAUACAAUUUAAAAAACUGUCAUCAUCCCUAUUGUACCAAGUUUCGUUAAAAUCCGUCGAGUAGUUUUUGUUUCUAUAACGAACAUACAGACAGACAGACACGAAAAUUUUACUGAUUGCAUUUUUGGCAUCAGUAUCGUCAAGAAUCACUUAUCACCCGCUGAUAGUUAUUUUGGAAAUAUAUUUCAUGUACAGAAUUGACCUCACUACAGAUUUAUUAUAAGUAUAGAUAUACUAAAAAACGCUUUUAUAUUUUGUGCUCUAAAAUGAAACAAUUGAGAACAAACUAGUUGAGAUUAUAUUGUUUAGGUUAUCUAUGACCAAUUUCGACUUAUUCACCUGACUUAAAAAUCGUAAUGAUAAUUUGUAAAAAAACCUAUUAAUUUGCUUAGACUAAUGACCUAUAGACCUGCAACACCUAACAAUUUUUCACUCCAAACGUUAAGCCACUUCUGUGACUAUGUGAGCUUAAUCCCCCAAUCGCACGAGAGUUUUUUUAACGGACGUUAAAAAAGCGUUCAAAUACAACAAAUCAUUCCCAAGUAUAAGUUCAAACGUCAGCGUUUUUAAAACACGACGCUUUUUUUCGAGCAGUGUUGCAUUUUCAAUUUUGGGCGUUGGAAAUAGACCUUCAUUUAACUUCAUACUAUAUUUGGACACUUUUUUUAAUGUCCGUUACAAAACUCUCGUGCGAAUGAGGGCUAAAAGCUAAGCUAAUUUCGUAGCGUAGCGACGCGUUAAGGGCUCCCAUUUCGGGGCACAUAAAACGGCUUACGAAUCCUGCGACUACAGUUUUGAAUUUUUUUAUUUUAUUAAACUGAAAAAGUGUUUUUCGUUACCUACGUUAUAAUUUUUAGGUAGCCCACGAGAAACUCAGCCAGAGUUUAUUUAUAGUUUAUCACAAUUUUACAAAUUUAUCUAGAAGUAAGUACGCAAUCGUAUAGUGCAAUUCAAUGCCGAGCAUUUUUAUCAUCUAAGUAAUUCUUAAGAAGCAUAGACUUUGGGACCUCUGCUUUGGACCUUCACUAAAUUGGCGUGACGUUAUUUCUUGUUCGUUCUGAGGACUUUUCGAUUAAUUGUCAUUUGUUAUUUACUCUUAACAGAAAUCUCGCGGAUUAUUCCGCGAUCUUUGAAUCAUCGAAAACAUAGCUAUACUAAAUAACAUGAUAGAACUAGUUUCCUAUGCUCUCACUGGGGAUAGAAGAAGUAGGAAAGGGCAAAUCCCACCAGCCCAUAAACAACGGCUCAGGGAACUCAAGUAUACCCCCGUAAUAAAUAGGUCGAAGUAUAAAAGUAUAUGGAGAUGUAUAUGUAUAAAUAAGGAUCUGGUUCUGGCUUAAUAAAAGUAUGUUUCUUGAUGAAUAAUACAUUUUUUUUAUCAGUCUUCUAGGGCAAAAUGUUCGUCGGUGUACCAAUGCGAAGUAACAUUUGAAGCUGCAUAAUUUUUUCGUGUUAUUUUUUCUCUUACCAAUAAGCUUAAAAAAUUAAAAACUAACAAACAAACCAAUCAUAAGUCUUUAAAAAUAUCGUAAAACUCAGACUGUAAGGUCAACGAUCUUAGCUUGUCCCCGUUGUGGACAAAUUAAAAAUGAUUUUAUCGUUUUUGUAGUAAAACGUUGUAGCAAACUUUGUUUGACAAAGUAAUGAUUUCAUUAUUAAAGUACAAUUAUCAAGAUUUUUUUAGUUAUAAAACCGGGAAGUAGGCCUAGGCCGGGAAUUGGCAUUCACUUUUUUAAGAUUUUGACUAUUUUAAAACUUAUUUAAUUACCUAUGUUAUACCUGAUACUUUAGUAAAAAUUACUUUUUAUUUCAAUCGAUAAAAUUUUUAUACUCAUAUUAUUUUAUUAUUCAUUUAUGUUUCUUAUUAUUAUAGUUUUUUACGUUAAUGUUUCAUUGUACCUAAUAACAAUUAAUAAACUUUUAUUAUCAAUAAAAACGAAUGAAGCUUGAGAGCAAACAUUUAUUUAUACACUUUAUUUGUACACCACAAAACAAGGAAACAAACAAAUAAGAAAUGUAAGAUAUACAAAGGCGGCCUUAUCGCUUCAUGGCGAUCUCUUUCAGGCAACUUGAAGCUUAAGAAGAGUGAAAUAUUGCGGGUGGUGUAUAAAAAUAAUUAUAAUAUACUUACAUAUAUGUAUGUGUAUGUAUACCUACAUACCAUACCAGAUACACAUAUAAAAAUACAACAAAAUAAAUAUUAUAAAAUAAACUAAUACAUAAGUAUUUUAUGUCAACUUACAGUAAUUAUAAACAACAAACAGUUGGUUUGAUCAGUCAAAUAAUGCAAUUUCACAGUUUUUUUGAAUAUGUUUAGUGAUUUAGAAUGCCGAAUAUUUGUAAAAUCAAGUUAAUAGAAUUAAACCAAAGACUUUAUCUUCAUCUGUGAAUGUCAACAAUAAAUACAAUUAAAUCCUACUAAUAUUAUGAAAAGUAAAUUCAUUGAUGUUUGUUAUUCUUUUACGAAAAUAUUAAAUAUUAAACUAAUUUUGAUAAAACUUUACAAUAGUAGAUAUGUACAUCACACUAAAAACAUAUUAAUUUACAUGAGAAAAUUAACUUGAAUGACUAUAUUAGUGAUUUUCAAUUUAUUUUAAAUUCUGAUGCCAAUGCAUUUACGUCAUUAUUUUACUUUCAUUUAUUUAUUUAGCAUUUAAAUAAACGUUUUAAAUUAAAUUGUUUUUAUUAAUGGAUACCUAAAUACCUAAUUAUAUUAUUAAUUACUAGUAAUACUUUUGAUUGCAAAUAUGAUAGAAUUAUUAUUUGGCAUUUAGUUAAAGAUCUCGCCUAAUAUUUUUAUCCAUUUUGAGUCUAAAACGAUGCACUCAAGCGUAGAAAAGAGAUUCUUAUUUUUUACAUUUUUUUUAAUUCUAACUCUUUUGAUACUACAUGCAAUAUGUAUAGAACCUAAUAAAUAUUUAACGUAACAAGUUAUCUGGAUUAAAAGCUUUUUACAAUUAUUGGAUAUAUGUUUAGAUGGUUUUGAUGAAAACCUUAUAGUACAUCAUUUUUAUCUACACUAUAUUAGUUCCUGGUAACUCAAUUAUCGUUAUUGUGAGAAAUUUCUGUCACUUUUUAGUGCUACGUCACGUCUUUCGCAAAUACCCAAUUCAAAAUCGGUGUGUGAAUGCUUAGAAAAACCAGCUCGUCCAAAAUGGUCGACGCCGGGUAAUUGUCUACGUUUAUUUUACAUAUCGUUGUCUUUUUCGUCCCAUCGCGGCGAGAGAGAGAGAGAUAUAUUUUCUAGACAAUAUAUGUAUUGUCGACUAAUGCCGACAGUACAUCUCUUUCAAUACUUCUUACAAUACUUCUCAUAAGUCGCUAUUGGCCGACAAUACAUCUCUUACGUCGCUAUUGGGCGACAAUACAUCACUUAUGUCGCUAUUGGCCGACAAUACUUCUCUCACGUCGCUAUUGGCCGACAAUACAUCUCAUAAGUCGCUAUUGGUCGACAAUACAUCUCUUUCGUCACAUGAUAUCCCAAAUACAUCUCUAUCGUAACAUGAUAUUCCAUUGACGCAUUAGGCAUGUAAGUAGGUAAAAAUAAUUUACAUACUAGGUAUAUUUAUAUAUUUAUCUCAUUAAGGAGGCUACGGAUUUUUAGUUUUAACUGCACAGUUACAAUGUAAAAUGUAAUCGAAUUAUCAUUAGAUAAAAUUAUACAGUUAAAACUGAAUGUCUGUUUUCCUAGGCAGCCUAAAACAAGUAAGUAAUUUCUACUAUUUUGAUACCUUCUGAAAUAAUCCUUACUCACGAAGUGACCAGUAUAUUGAGAUUAAAAUGUUUUUAAUUAAGUGUUUAAUUUUUUUAAGUUUGAUAGGUAAGUAUUUCGUUUUGUAACCCGUUUUAAAUAAAACAGACGUAAAAACCUUUUUUUUAAUAAUAAAAUGUUAUCAAGCAUCGUAUUUAGGAAAAUUAAUUUACAAUAAAAUUCUGUCCAAUGAAAAUGAUUUCUAUUUUUAUUGAACUAAAACGAGAGAAUCACCACAACUUUAACGUAUAAGGUGUUCGAGCAAAUUAGGUAACCUUAGAAUCCGUGUUUGACGCGAAUAUAUUAAAGUGGGCGGAUAAUUGUGCCUCUGAGUAUAUUAAAUGCGGUAUCAUAAUCAGUUUAAUAUUAUUCAAACUACUCGGUCCCUCAUAACAUCUCUUACAAUAAAACAAUGUCCUAAAGAAGUCAAGCAUAGAUAUAUUAUAAUAUUAACUAUAAUUUUUUUGAUGCUACAACAACAGUAUUCAAUUGCGUAAAAGAAAAUUUAAUUAUGACAAGAACUAAAGCCUAGUCAGUUAUAAAAAUAAAAAAUCAAUCGAUAACUGCCAACCUUGUAAUUAUUGUAAAUGUAAAUUGAAUUAUUCGGUUUUUACUAUUUAAGUAAUAUUAGUGUGUGACUUAAUAAUUUAUUUAAAAUACGCUUUUAACUAUUGAAAACUGAAAAAAUGAAGGCGGGUGAGACUGCCUUACCUUUUCAUGAUCAUAAAACAGUUAGGCGUUAAAUUGAUUGAUCAAAUCUAUUUUAACCUAACACUUAUCACUAUAACUUUAUAUUACAAAUUGAAAGAGGUAAAGAAAUUGUAGUUGAUUUUGGCGCUUGUGGUAAACGGCACAGUGUUGUCUUACGACUCUUAGUGUUGCCAGGACCAAAAGUAGGAUACCAUUUAUUUGUAGAUGGAAAUUUUUUUUUAGUUGUAUUUUUUUGUAUUUUAGUUGGUUACCAUCGUAGGUUGUCUUAACAUUUGGUUCGGUCGCAAUCGAGAUCUAACUUGUCAAAGAACAAAAAGAUACAAAAAGCGAAAAGACGUGACUUUACACUGAAAAUGGCAUAGACCUUACACAAACAGUGUAUUUAUUACGCGUCGGUUUAAAAUAGUUUACCCAUAACUUGAAUAUUAUAAAUAUCAUAAACAAUUAGAUUAUUUCUGCACUGCAACCAAUCCGAAUUGCAUCUGAAGAAAAUUGAUUGAGAUAACUGGGAUCAAACUUAGAUAUUAGGUAAUUUUACGAGUACGUCCAUAGCGAAUGUUUUUGCUUGCGUAUUCAAUACUGGUUGACACUGCCAGUACGAGUUUUGACUUCGAUUAGAAGCUGGUGCGUGUAAGCCUUCAUACUAGUAUUAUUGUGGUUGAUUUGUGUCGUGAAUUCGAAUCGUGGAUAUUCUCGAAUUGAAACUUGGAUCAAGUACGUACCUACAAACCAAUAAGCUACAUGGCUUUAAAAAAAAACAUUAUUUUUAUCAACACUACUCUGUUCUUGUGCAAAGUCUAUGUAGCGAAAAACGUGUCAUCGCUCGUAAAUGUGGCUGAUAAUUCCGUCAUAAGUACAGUCCUUAAAGCUCAAAAGUGCUAGAAUUCAGUUUCUAAAAAAAAUUACAGUCCACAAAGCUAAAGCACAAUGCGUUGAUGUGCGAAAUGAAAAUAAUUGAGAUACUUCGGAUCCAGAAUUCUCUGAUUCGGGUUGGAUGGAGAGUGUAACUCUUUCGUGUGUUUUUCAGAUAGCAUGGGAACGGUGACAUUUGCGUUAUGACGUCCAUAACACGUACCUACUAUUAUCGCGAAACGCGGUCAUCUUUCAAGCGAACUGUCACCCGCACCAUGCUAUACGAAAUAAACGGUAUAUUGCGAUGUAUCGGCGCGGGCACAGGCAGUCACGGCGGAGAGCGUGGUCGGCAAUGGGUUCACAUUCAUGACUUCCUCACGAAUGGACUGAAUUGACGUAAUUCUUACCUGUUUUUGUUUUCUACGAUCGGGAAACGACUACAAUGGCUAAAAACUAUAAUAUUAUAGUCUAACGUUGCUUUACCUUUGCGUGAGAUUGUGAGAAUUUUAGCUUAAGUUUCGACUGAAGAUGGAUGCCUGUAUGUAAUAUUGUAAAUUAUAAUUUCUCAUAAAAUAUAAUUUUUUUCAGCUA